AUGGCACCACACGCAACUGACGACGGCAACAUGGCAACCAACGGCGUCCCUCUCACCAACGGCGACGUGCCCACCUCCAGAAUCCUCUCGCACCUGAACUCGUACCCCGUCGUGCACGACAGCGUCGAAACAUUCAAGACACAUCCCUACGGCGAGCGCGCCCUUACCCUUGCCAGCAACACGUACAACAACGUCGUCGCGCCCCUGCACCCCUACCUGCGCACCCCUUACUCCUACAUCUCGCCCUACCUCGCCCGCGCCGACCAGCUCGGCGACAGCGGCCUUUCAACCCUCGAGUCGCACCUCCCCAUCGUCAAGGAGGACACACAGAAGCUCAAGCAGUAUGCCUACUCGCCUGUCAACUAUGUCCAUGGUGCCUGGCAGGAUGAGUAUAACAAGACGCAUUAUAACAAUGGCGUCGUCAAGAUGGGUGUUGCCGCCGUUAGCUUUGAGCUCAGGAUGAUUAGCGAUGCUUGUGAUGUUUUCCUUGCUUACCUUAACAAGGGCAAGGAGCAGGCCAAGAAGAAGACUGAGGAGGUUAAGCAGUAG